AUGUCAGACAACGGAUCGGCAACCACAGCAACUUCCAGUCGCAAACGCAAUGGCUACGGAGAAUGUGACGAUCCUGAGCUCGCCGAGAGCCCCAAUGGAACCGACCACUCCCCUCCAGAAACUGUCACAUGGCGAGAUCGCAUCGCUCACUUUACUUGGCCUUGGUUCGCAUGCACAAUGUCUACAGGAGCUCUCGCGGUAGUACUGUCUAAUACUCCAAAUCAAUUCACUGGCCUGCAAACCAUUGGCAAAAUCUUCUUCAUUCUGGCUCUGGUUUUGUUCAUUGCAUUCACUGCUAUCAUCACACUCCGUUUCAUCCUGGUACCGCAAAAGUUUCUUGCUUCGUUGCAUCAUCCAGUCGAAUCGCUUUUCUUCGGAAGUUACUGGGUAACAGUCAGUCUUCUGCUCAACUGUAUGCAACUGUACGGUGUACCGAGUACUGGACCCUGGCUCAUCAAGGCUCUUGAGAUUCUCUUCUGGAUGUACUGCGCUACGGUAUUGAUUGUUGGUAUUGGGCAAUACUACAUUCUCUUUCAGCUGGAGCGCCUCAAGGUCAACAAUGCCAUGCCUGCUUGGAUCUUUCCGAUUUAUCCUCUGCUUGUCGUCGGCCCCUUGGCAAGUACCUUAGUUCCGGAUCAACCACACACGGCUGCUGUACCCAUCUGGAUAGGUGGAGUUAUGCUCCAGGGUGUUGGGUGGUGUGUCGCUCUCAUGAUGUACGCCAUCUACACGCAGAGAUUGAUGGUCAGCGCUCUGCCGGAUCCCUCUACCAGGCCUGGCAUGUUUGUGAGUGUGGGGCCUGCUGGCUACACUGCGCAUGCCCUCAUCUCUCUGGGUCGCCAAGCGCCAAAGGUAUUUGGUAAUGGUGAGAUUUUCGGCAUCACAACACUUCCUGUUGGGGACGUGAUCAAGAUUAUCGGCAUUCUCGCUGGAUUCUUCGUGAUCCUGUUUUCCUUCUGGUUCUUCUGCGUCUCGGCAGUUUCGGUCCUUGCAGGCAUCAAGAAAAUGGAUUUUACUUUGAACUGGUGGGCAUUUGUCUUUCCUAAUGCUGGCCUCACGCUUGCUUCGAUCCAAGCUGGAGCUGCUCUGGAGAGCUCUGGUAUCAACGGGAUCUGCAGUGCGCUGACUAUUGGAUUGGUCAUCAUGUGGAUUGUUUGUGCGAUUGCACAUAUUCAAGCUGUGAGGAAAGGGAAUGUCAUGUGGCCUGGAAAGGAUGAGGAUAAGACGAUGAAUGGUAUCCGAUGNGGGGCGCACGCAGCGUGA